AUGGUCAUUGUAACCACAUCUAGCAAGAAGCGGAAAAGCACGAAGAAGGAGCGUGGCAACUUGCGGCUCUGGGCUGAGGGUGUACGAGAAGAAAUCCUCCGAAAGCAUCUCAAUCGUGUUUCGGAGGCGAGGCUUGGAGGAACAUGGGCGCAAGAAAGGGCUGCUAUCCAGGCGGCGUGCAAUGAGUAUCAUGCACGUAUCCCUUGGAGCACCCCAGACCACGUGGAGCCCGACGUUGUGCAUGACUAUGACCCAAAGGCUCCAGCUCCGUUUGAAAACCUGACGGAGGAGGAGGAGAAGGAAAAGCGUCGUUUCAUUGCCGUGUCCAAUGCUCGUAUAACCCGAUGGUAUGCGUACCGUAUCAGAUGUACGCUCAAGAAGAAUCGGGAGAACAUCCUCGAUCCCCGCAAGAAUCCUUUUGCCAUCCUGCUUGGCAAGCUCUCCGGGCUGACCCGCGCGCCCAGAGCACGGCAGCCUUUUCAGCAAUUCCAACGGGAAUCGUGGGCAGAUAAGAUUGCGCCAGUGGUUGCUGUCCGUCGUGCAGAGCUGCCCUCGGGUGCCCCCUACCGAGCUGGCUUUCGUGCAGGCGUUGCACGAGAGCUUUUUGCGGGAUUGACAGAGGAAGAACGGGAGGGUCUAAAGCAACGGGCGACGGCGGAGGCAGAGAUGAAGAAGCAGGAGUAUCUGGAUGGGCUGAAGGCCGAGCCAUCUCGAGAGCCAUUGGACGUUCACAACGCCAUCCGGGCCAUUCGCAGCGUCGUGAAUCCUAUCUUGGAGGGUAUCCACAAACGAACUGGGCUUCAAGCGCAUCUCAUUUGCGGGGGACCCACACCUGAGUUUGGCGGCGAGAUCCGCACACACAUUAUCUCAUACGGCGAAAACAAUGACGCUGUCCCAGUGUCAUGGGCUGAGUGGGAUGAGGAGCGAUUCACGCAGAACGUGCGCAAAUUCUUCAUUGAGUAUCUCCACACGGUGUACACGGCAGAGGACACCGCAGCUGCAGCACUUCCGCAACACGUUCUGGACACCCUGAUCCACCAGGGUGACCUGUAUACAAUGCCCAAAGAAAAACCUCGUGGCGAUGAUGGUCCCUCUUCCGACGACGACGACGACGACGAGGAUGUCAAUUCGACGGAUUCAGAUUCGGAUAUGGACGCGGUGGCCCUCGCAAACGCGGUGAAGAAGAAGAAAGCACGUUAUGCGAAGGAGAAGAGUGGCAAGGGAUCGAGCACAACAAAGCAGAAGGCGGGGAAGUCGGUUAAGAAGCAUAUGCUCCAACCCAAGCCGAAGACAACGACGAACGCUGCGAGCAGCUCUGCCAGUACCCAAACCGAGCUCACACUGCCCACAUCCUCCCCCACUCCCCCCGCCCCAUCCUCCAGCCCUGCUACGCCUUCGACCGCUCCAGCACCUCCACCGUCUCCGGGUGCUGGGUCCCAUGCAACAUCCCCCUCAUCGUUGUCCGCGCCAUCUCCGGCCAACUCUCGCUCGCCGUCGCCAGUAUCAUCACGUGCGCCCAGCCCGACGACCAUCACAUAUGACAGCCCGAUGGGCCCAAUCACGUAUGCGGAUCCGUGGGCGCACCUUCCCUACGAAAAGUUGACAUACAAUCAACAACGACAACGACUGGCGGCUCGCAACGCAGCCUUGAGAGAUGCAUUAGAUCUCAAUCAAGCAACGGCGAGGGCAAUGGCGGGGGACGUCAACAAGGCCAAGGUUGUGAAGAGGAAGGCAUCGGAGAAGCAGACUCCGCUUCCACCAGAGAAACGCAGACGCUCGUCGCGAUUCCAGACUGGAGGUGUCGAAGUGCCUGCUGGAGGUGCCGGACGUUCUGGGUCGCAGUGUGGAGAGGGUGACGUCAUGGAAAUUGAUAUCUCUGAUGCGGACGAUGUACCCGCUCAUGAACCCGAUACAGACGAUGUGCCCACUCCCGAACCUGAUACGGACGAUGUACCCGCUCCCGCCCUUCCCGACGCAGACAAUGUGCCCACUCCCGAACCCGAUACGGACGAUGUACCCGCUCCCGCCCUUCCCGACGUUUCGGAGAACGCCAGUCCUGGUGCGGGGGUCCCUGUCGCUGCCGAGACCACGGGCGACGACGACCCCGAUCCCAAUGCCGACACCAACGUUGACAAGGCUACAGCCAUUGCUGGCGCUAAUGACGCUGUUGUUACACGUCCACGUCCUCGUUGUCCCGUGAAAGCUGCCGUGUGGUUCCAGGAUGCUCACAAGCGUUUCAUAACCGUAGACCUCGGCGUCAAUUUUGACAGUGUGAUAGCAGCGUGGACGCGGGUCGAGGAAGCAUCGCGAUACGCCGCUAGUGAUGCUGGUCUUGCCACCGAGCACCGUCCCGCCGCUGUUACCACCUGGAUUCGGGGGAAGCGGAACAAGAUCCCACGGCUGCCGAAUAUCGACGCGUAUGCGAUGCAGUGGGACAGGUGGUGGUCGUCGUUACAGCCAGAAUGGCGUGUCAAGGACACGGUGGCUGGUGCGGGGUGGUCCCGCGUGACAUAUGGAGGAGACGGACGCGAGUGGGGCCCACUAUAUAUAUGGGGUCCCAACGGCACACAGAGCCUUCUGGGGGCGUUGUACAUGUGGGGUAUACAGUUGCGCGAGACUGGAACAGCAUCGCAGCGAGCCUCGUGGGAGGAGGCAGUGCAGGAUGUGGGGUGGAUGCUUGAGGGUCUGGCUACGUACUACGAGCUCUGGAAGAAAAAGGGUGCUUGUAUCAGCAACAGCGCCGAGCAUGCCGCCACGCUAUGGCUGUGGGAGGUAUGCAUAGCCACCGUGCAUGGCAACUACCAUACGUUAGGAUGGGAUUUCUAUGGAUGUUCCGGGGCUGACCCGGCCCGUGGGAUCGCGAGCUACUUCAGCGCCGCGACCUUGGCAGGUGCAUUCGGUGGACUGUUGGCGUUCUGUAUUGAGAAAAUGAACGGAAUCGGCGGGCUUCAUGGCUGGUCUUGGAUUGCAAGUCGCAUUCUCCGUCGCGGCGGGGUAUUCGUUCUCAUCGAAUUUACAGUUCCUUCUCGAAGGAUUGCUCACUGUCCUCGUCUCAUGCUUCGCAUUCUGGGCGAUAGCCCGUCGGAUGCCAAAUUUCUGUCUUCCUCGGAAAAAAGCACAGUGAUUGAAGCACUGAAGCGCGAUGCUGGAGGACAGCCCUCGCAUUUUGAGAUGCGCUUCGUGUGGCAGACGGUGUUCGACCCGCUGAGCUGGAUGCAGGCAGUGCUUUAUGUUGGUCUGCUGAUUCCGCUGUAUUCGUUUACCUUGUUCUUGCCGACGAUCAUCUCCUCUUUGGGAUUCUCGUCUACUCAUGCCCAGCUCCUCACGAUCCCCCCCUACGCUGCCGCAUGCGCCAUCACGAUCCCCCUGAGCGCGCUCUCAGAUCGCGUGCGCCUCCGCGGGCCCUUUCUCGUCGGCUCCAGCCUCGUCGGGAUCUUCGGCUACGUGCUCCUGAUCUGCACGGACCCUGCGACGAGGCGCGGGGCCGUGAUCGGCUACAUCGGCUGCAUCGCCGUCGCGGUGGGGCUCUUCCCGCCCAUCCCGAUCGCGAUAGCGUGGGGCGGGAACAAUGCCCCAGGGUCGCUGAAUAAAGCGGUGCUGUUCGGGCUUGUUGGGAUGGCCGGCAACCUCGGAGGAAUUUGUGCAUCGUUCGUCUAUCGGACUCAGGAUGCACCGAAAUUCAGACUAGGACACGCUGUCGCCCUCAGUUCUUUUGGACUGUGUUUCGUCAUGUCUAUCAUAGCAAUGGUCACCUACGAGCGUUUGAAUCGGAGGAGACUUGGCGAGACUGAUUUUCGCUCUCUACCGCGGUCCAACACCGUGCUCAUGUCGAAGACGACUCACUCCAACUGGGACCCGUUCCUGCUAAUAUCUCAGAUAGUGUCGAUGCAAAGCCUGCACUACCUGACACUAUCGCUAUGUGUCCCCCUGCUGCUGGCCAUCUUCGCCGAGCCGUCGUCUCUGCACUACGAGGGCGGGGCUGCCAACGUCGGCAUGGUCAUGGACUGGCGGGAGAUGGCGGGGCAGCCGACGGUGCGCGGGAUGCAGGGCGAGGAACGCUGGAACGCGUACACGAGCGCGUGGAGCGGGGGGCGCAAGAUUGGGUUCGGGCUGCGCGAAGAUCAGUGGGACGGGCGCACGGAUCCGAUGCGGGGAGUGAGUGCGGUCGGUUACGGUGCCCCUGAUCGCAACCCGCCGCUGAUGUUCGGUGGUUUGGUUCUCAGUAUAUGGUAUCUGUAUGCUCUCAUCCGCCGACCGCGCCUCAUCCUCGACUUCGCGCUGACGCUCGUCUUCAACCAUCUCGUGCUAACGACGUACUACUCUGCAUCCAUCCCCACCUCGCUCUUCUUCUGGUCAAUCAUGUUCGCCGGUGCCGCCAUUAUGAUCAUUGUCGCAGAGCAACUUUGUGUAAGGCGUGAGAUGGCGGAGGGUCUGAAAGUGGUCGUUGUGGAAGCUGAUGAGGAGACCGACGAGAUGGAGCUGGGUGAGGAAGGAGAGUACGAGGAUACUCGGUUUGAGACCUUCAAAGCUGCGCAAGGGCAAGGCCAGAACCGACCGUCGCUCUACUACAAGCCCACCGAACUCCCGUACCCACCACACCUGUCGUUCAAGCAGACGCAGGCCGACGCCUUAAAUCCAAAUCUAAAUCACAUAGUGCACGAUGCACCACCUGCCCCUCCUCCGAAAGAUGCAGGCGCGUUCACGGCUGCUCCAGAACCCACCCCACGGCCACGCAAAGAGAGGCACAAGCACAAGCACAAGUCGAAGAAGCACCACGACCACGAGUCGAAGCUCCCGAGCGCGGCAGAAGUUCUGGCGCUGCUCAGCACGCGUCGCCCGCAUCAGCGCGACUCCAUUCUCUCCGCAGGCACGGAGGCGCAACCGCAGAGCCUGCUCGACAAUGCCAUGCAACAGCUGUCGGACUCCGCGCGCCAGCUCGCAGAUUCCGAAGCCCAGCGGCGCGCGCUAGAGUCUCUGUCGCUGGACCGCGCGAUGGACGCGCUGGAUACAUCGUCCCGGGCGCAGGAAGCCUCUGCGCAGCUGCACUCGGAGCUCGCGAUUGCGCGGAUGCAGCUGGAAGCGGCUCAAGCAGAGAUAGAAAGAACGAAACAGACGAUGCAUAUGGUGAAGCAGGAAAGGGACGAUGCGGAGAGAGAAGCUGCAGAUGCCAGAAGUGCGGCUAGAAAGAUGCGCAUGCAGAUGGUCGUUCGAGCUGCGAAGGAGCAGGGGGAACGAGAAGGCUGGGAUGUGGGUUUUGGUCGAGGGAAGAGAAUAGCUGACGCGCUCAAGGCCGAGGAGGAGAGAAAAAGGAGAGAGCGAGAGGAUAGUCGACGAAGGGAGGUGGAACGAGUCCAACGAGAGAACGAGGAGAGAGAGAGGUUGCUGCAAAGAGAAAUUGCCGCGGAAGAAAGAAGAAGAGCUAAAGAGCGCCAGAGGGAAGCACACAGGAUCGCUCGCGCCCAAGCACAAGCACAAGCACAAGCACAAGCCCAGUCCCGGACCGUCACCGAGGAACAAACGACUUCUGGGGAAACAGCUAGUGUGCCCGCUCAACGAGCGAGGGAUUCUCUGGAGCUCGGUGCUGCAGUUCAAAUGCCCGAGCCGGUCAUCAUGCCUGUUCCAGAACCAGCACUCCCUCCAAUCCAUCGUGCACCAUCUGUUGCCAGCUCACGAGGAACAACGAGGGGUCAGGCACCCGUGCAAAGGCGUUUCAGUGUUGAUAGCGGACGUCCCGCUUCUCGUGGUGCGCCACCGCUGGUAGUCGAGUCCGGAGUUCCCUCUGGACCUCCUCCGGCACCAAGCGCUCAUACUCGAGCUGCAUCAGCGUCUGGAAUCAAUGUGGGCAGCAUCCCGGGCAGACGAGGCAGCAUAAGCGCUGGCGUUCGACCCGCGUCUCGGGCCAGCACAGCUGCCCCUCCUCCUUUCACGGUCACUGGAAACCGGCCACCCUCUGUCGCAAGCACCCGACCCCGCGGAUCGAUCAACGGAUCGAUGUUUACAUUGGACUCGGAGCGAGGAUUCGGAUUGGCACCAGGCAGAGGAACAGUUCCUGUAGAUGCAUUGAUAGCGGGGCCUGCUGUGUCAAGGGCGAUACCAUUCUCCUCGCGGGCGAUGCCGGCCGGGAACUCAAAUGUGCCCAUCAUCCCGAUGCCUCCGCCUCCGAUUACGGUGCAGCAGCAGCAGCCGCAGCGACCAGCACCGCAGACACAGGUUCCGUUUGUGCCAAUGCCUGCACCGCCAAUCCAGCAUCCCGCGCCUCAGGUUAUUAUCCCAAUGCCUGCACCUCCGAUCCGCGUCGAGAUUCCUUAUCAGCAGCCCAUUCCUCAGCAGCCGGUCGCCCAUCAGCCGAUUCCAGGCUCUUUCCAAGUUGAGCCCAUGCCAGAUCGACGUGAAACGCGGACACCUUCGAGUGCGACUUCGGCUUCAGUGGCGACAGGCACGUCCAUGGGAACGUUGGGUUUGCGCUCAUUUCCUAUCGACAAUGCCGCCCCGAACGGAAGCCACUUGAGUCCGAUUGUGGAGCACUCGGAGUCGCCGUCGCCGGCGGCGUCAGCCAACAGAAGCGGGCGUGUUGAAGAAUGGAGACGGAGUACGAGCAUGAGUGUGGACAUGGAUAGGGCACGGUCUUUGACGCCCUCUGCGCUGCUGAGUCCUCAUUCCGCUUCGACUCGCGGCCGUUCGACUCCGCAAGGGAUUUACGCUGACGCGAAUCCCACCCGGCCGACGUUGAGUUCCAAUCUGCACCGGUCAUCGAGUGGGAGCUCGGUUCAUAUCACGAUCGAGCCUCCGUCUCGGCCGUCCUCUGCUAGCAACCCGAACUCGGCGACGACGAGGCCAGGGUUUCUGUCGCCCAACGAGCCUGUUGUUCCUGAAGAGAACGAGGAGAGCGACUCGGAUACGGAGGAUGAUGAGUCUGAUUCGGGUGAUGAGAGAGAGAUAAUGCCGAGUAUGAGUCCGCUGCCAGUCUUUGCGCAGGGUGUGAGGUAUCCGCCCGGGUUCCAGCCCAUGUCGAUGACACCGCCGACGGUUGUGACGCAACAGGCGGCGCAGUGGACCACGCCCUCUGUCAUUGGCGCGAAUGUCAUACCCGAACGACCUCCGAGCCGGAAUCGGAUGAUGGGUGGCAUGAUCGGUAACGCUUCAUCAGGGCCGUUGCCAGUCCCAGCCCCAGGUGGAGGAGGUGCUCCUGCUGGGAACACAGCCCCAGCACACCUGGGGCCUGCCGGAUUCCAAGUGGAAUCUGGUUUCCAGAUUGAACGUCCGCAGAGCAGGAACGCCAAUGUUCCAGCUUCAUCUCCGUGGGGAUCCACUGGCGCAGCAGGGUCGCUGGGUCCAAGCGGUGCAUGGGGACCUGGACAGGCUACGUUUGAGAUCGAGCGACCGCAAAGCCGGCAAGCGAGUGCGAAUCCUCCGGGCGCUGCUGGUUCUGGCUCUGGCUGGGGAACUUCUGCUCCUGCCAACGGAUUCGAAAUUGAACGGCCGCAGAGUCGGAAUAUGAACAGCACGGCAUCGCCAUGGACGACGGGAGCACAAUUCCCGUUUGGAGGCAGCAAUGCACCAGUGGCACCACAGCCUUCACAUCCAGCCUCGUUCGUGGUGGAAUCAGUCGGAUCGGCCACUCCGCGACAGUCGCUGGCUUCGGCCUCAGGAUAUCCUCUCCCGCCGUCGUCCGUGACCUCGUCGUCUGCAGCCACAGCCACGACAAAUCUCAGUCGGAAACAGAAGAAGCGGGCCAAUUCGCGCGCGUCGUCGUCCACUGCCGGUGGAUCGUCGAGGUUCCAGACACCAGGGCCGCCUUCGCUGAUUCCUGAAGAGGACGAAGAUGAGCUGGCCCAGGUCACGGCCAUGAAUACCGCCAUGAAUACGGCGGCCAAUCGCGGGCUGGCUGGGCCUGGGUCUCCGCAUGCCAGCGUGAGAUCGUACAGGCCCGGGAUGCAAAGGAUGGGCUGAUCUAUCCCUUGUAAUCUUGCAUGUACAUAUAAAUAUACCGGGUUCGAUGGAUGUCAUCGCUGUAUGCUAAUCACGUGAGGAGAUGCGCUUUCUCGACUGGAAGUUCAGGCCAAGUUCAGGUCUCCAUACUCAUGAACAUGCCAGGACAGAUCUUUCAUUGCCGCGGCACAACAAGCUUUGUCCGCCGUCGCGCUCGGACCUGGAGUGAGAGGGAGAGUUGGGCAAACUUGAAGUCGGAGCUUCGUGGAUCCAGAGCUGGGUGCAGGAUGCGCAAAGGUUGUACUCUUUGCCAACGAUCUCCGCACCAGAUCCCGGCCGUCCCUGCCUAAUGCCCAAUGCAGGCCCUGGUUCGCUCUGAUCCUUUAGUCAAUGGUCCGGGAGCGAGUCUGCUUCUUUUUAGAAGCUCGACGAGGAUGUAUAUAAGAAAUUUAGCCGUCUCCUCUCAAGGCUAGUCUACUGCGGCGCUGGAAUGGUCGCCCCGAAGCCUUGGUACCACGCUGUCCUGAAUGGGUUUCGAAAGCUGCGGGACAGGGGAGCAUCUGGCGACAAAAUCCAGAGCCUCGAGCAUCUGAUGUCCUUCAGCAUGGGAUCAGCUUCGAAUGGCGGGACAAUCUCGCAGAUCCCGUGCGCGAACGCGAGCAACACGAAGUGCUGUCCCGGGCGGGGAAUCAUCGUCUGUGCAAAGUGCCUUCUUGUUGCGUACUGCUCCGAAAAAUGCAAGAACCAGCAUGCGAGCCGGCACCGCGGCGCCUGCUCCCAUCCGUACAUGAGCGACCACUGGCAGCCGGCGUGGGUCACCCAAGGGCGAGACCCGACAUUCCUGCAUCCCUCGAACUUCGUCACGCUCUUCAGGGCGACGGUCGAUUUCUGGGGUGAUGUGCCCGGCAUGGACUGUCUGCAGCUCCCGACCAACGAGGGAUCGGACCACUCGACCGACCUCAAGCUGUGUUUCGCAGUUUCUGGUGACAUCCGGAAUAUGGUGCAAACUAUAAACGGGCUACCGCUCGACUAUGCGGGCUUUUGCGACGUGCUCCUGAACGACACAAAUCCGAUUCAUGUCAACCGGAAUCUGGUCGUGCUAUUCAUUCUACUCAGCUCAGGGCCUUCGAUAGAAGAAGCCGCCGAAUUUUGCACACAUCUUCUGUACUCGGCGGCGCUACCAGCCGCCGGUGCGAACUACAUGAAGCGCUGUGUGGAUUUCAUCUACGACUCGUCGAUGGGCGAGUCGGACGCCGAUCUGUCCUUCCAGCGCUGUCUCAACACGCGCGGAGACGGCCGAAUAUACUCCGUGCAGCCCUCGCCGGCCAUCAAGCGAUUGCUGGAGAUGGUCAGGUCGAAUUACCCGCUGCACACUGCCCUGCGGAGUAUGCGGGAUGUGACCGUCGCACCCGACCAGCUCGACACGCGAGAAAAGUACUACGCGGGGCUCAAGCCCUCGCACAGAAUGGCGUUCGAGAGAUUUCGGGAGACGGGGAUCCUGGCUCCGUUCUCGCUCGUGACCACGCAUUUCACUCAACCCAAUCGGCUGAUGUUCAAUCCCCAGGGCAUCUGGAUGGCCCAGGAGGAGGCGAAUCCGCUCUACGGCUGGGACGUUUCGGCCGUCCAAGCCUCUGGCACGAAACACGGCGUCAUGUCCGAAGACAUCAUGGGCUGUCUGUUCUUCCACGUCAAAGACCAGCUGCGGGACUUUGCGCGCCGCGUCAAGGAGCUCCACAUCGACAUCCACGUCACCUCGUUCGAUCCCGGAAUCCUCGCGAAAGGGAUCAGCGUCGGUGCGCUGCCUGCGUUCGAGGACGCCAGCUUCGACCGGAUCGUGACGGGCAAUCUGCUCGAUUCGGCGGGGGUCCGGACGUGCUUGAGCGACUGGGGCCCACUGAUUGACCGGACCAACAAAUUUGCCAGCAUCAUCCUGCAGAGCAAGUCGUGGCAACAGUCCCAGCAGCCCGCGCAGUGGGGUCCGAGUGCCAUGAAGGUUCUGAUGGACAAGUGCAGUAAGAUUCCCGGCCUGGAGGGCAAGAUGAAGUCAGUUUUUGCUCAAGGGCUCAGGUCGCCGGCUCUUCUGCGCAUGUUCGAAUCGAUGGACGCCUUCUGCGACAGUGAAGCCGUGUUUUUGGAGUUUCUGGACGAUCAGGACACGGAUGGUAUCGCAGAGGCCUGCGAUCUGAGAAUGCGCACAACAAAUCGGUUGCAACCCAGGCGACUGGGCAUCCCACUGAAUGCACCCAAGAGACAGAAGUUGCCGGAACUGACAGGCGCAGAGUUUUAUAGCCUCUUCACGAUCGGAGGCGGGAAUCUGCCCGCGCGAUUCCUCGAGUUUGAAGCGAUCGAUGCAUCCGAGUCUGAUUAUGGGACGGCGGAGUAUGAUGAGGAGUAUAUUUCCGAGUAUGGCGAGUAGGAUAAGUUGUGUCAUCAUCAUAAGCCAAUGGAAUCCGCCAGUAGAGUUCGAGUAGUGCUGUACUCCCGUCUAUGGUAGACGAGUGGUAGAGCUUGCGCAUCAAAGGUCUCGACGCGCACCACUCGGGCAAUGAAGAGCUCAGAUACGGUUCCGUCCCCGCCAUAUGCUUCGGGAGGCCCGUCCAAUUUCCGCUCCGCCAGCCAUCGUGUAUCGUGCAAGGGAAUCCCGUUGGAAACAAGCUUGCACGUCAGCGCUCCGACGGAGCCCGAGAUGACGGGCAGCCCUUCCGCACUUAAUGUGUGCUCCGUGCUGAGGAACGGGCGGGGGAAUGCAUCUGCGCGGGAGAACACCAUUGCGGUGUGAGCUUGCGUCUGCGAAAGCAGGUUGACGACCAUGUGCCCCGAGGCCGACUCGUUGAGGGACUGUGCCAUGCGGGACGGUAUCCGCAGGGCGAACGAUACGAGCGGGACCGGGUCCAUGGCUAUAGAGGUGAACGACGAGAGCGUGGCGCCGUGGAAUUUUGCGCCCGACGCGUCGGCGGGCAUGAACGACGUGACGACUGCGACGGGCUGGGCUGUUUCCCGCAAUACAUCGCGGAGAAGGUGUUUGGUGGUCGCGACUGACGUGCUGUACGCCCGGACAAAAUGGCGCAGCAUGAACAAAACGGACUCGGACGGGAUGGAGAGCGUGGGAAUUGGGGGCUCGGCGCAUCAUUCGCGAUCGUUCUCUCGCAGGGACACUGCAAGCACAAUUGUGAAGACAAGGCACAAUGGUCGCUCGAUACAUUCAUUCUGAAUCUGUCCCCCACUCGGGGCUAGUGCUCCUUGUCAGAUGAAUCAGCUGUCCAGCUACAGUACAUUGUCUCUCGGCUGGCGGCGCCUUUCUUUUGUUCAAUCAUGCUUAGUCUGAAAGCACCUUCCCUUGUUCCAG